GCUCAUAACUUAGUCACUGAAUCCAUUUCGCUGUACGUUAACUUGUUUUCCACUUUCGAACAGCUGCUCUCCUGAGCCUCCAUAUUCAUUAACCUGGAUUAAUGGAGAAAGAAGACAAAGAUGAUACACUGGUCGAUCAGCCGGUGCUAGUUGAAGAACCUCUAGAUCUCAUAAGACUCAGCCUUGAUGAGAAAAUAUACGUAAAGAUGAAACACAAUCGAGAACUACGUGGAACUCUGCAUGCAUUUGACUCUCACCUCAAUAUGAUUCUUGGGAAUGCUGAAGAGACCGUAACUACUUUGGAAAUUGAUGAAGAAACUUAUGAAGAAGUCUAUAAGACUACGAAGCGAACAAUCCCGAUGCUGUUUAUCCGCGGUGACGGUGUUAUUUUAGUUUCCCCUCCGCAGAAAGAUUGACAUAAUAAAGAAUGUAUAUAGUUUGUACAUUGAAAUCAAGAAUGAGAGCUGUUAAUUUUGGCGCA